UGGGUGGGGUAGCCAUUGAAAUUCGGAGGGAAAUGGAUGGGAGCUUAUGAAAACCCUAAAGUCCAUUACUUGGCAAAGGCUAAACCGCAUUAUCACAACUGUAAAAACUAAAAAGAGAGUCUAUUUUUCAGCUGCUGCUAAAAAUAAUCUAGCCCUCUCGAAUCUCAAUUCCCGCGGUUCUUCUGCAAUCUCUCUCCCUCCUUCUCUCAUUCUAGAGGAUGAGAUUCAGUUUUCAUGUAUCAAGAAUGAACAAAUAAAUCAGACUUGGGUUUGUUUUUUUUUCACUUUUCUGAAUUCUUUGUAUGCUUAACACUUGUAUAUGUUCUUGUGUCAAGGAGGAAAUAACCAGAUAGCAAGAACCUAUCAUCAAGAGUAGAAGAAGAAAGAAAGAAAGAAAGAAAGAGCAAGAGGAGUGAAGUAGUCUCCUCUUGGGUGGCAUGGAAGGAUUGGAAGGGAUAAUAGAGAGGCUUUUGGAAGGAAGGAAUAACAGAGGGAAACGCAUUCACCUUACUGAACCUGAAAUCAGAAACCUUUGUCUCACUGCCAAGCAAGUCUUCCUUGCUCAGCCUGUUCUUCUUGAGCUAGAAGCUCCCAUCAACAUUUGUGGUGACAUACACGGCCAAUAUCCAGAUCUCUUGCGGCUGUUCGAGUAUGGUGGGUUUCCGCCAGAUUCCAGCUAUCUCUUCCUUGGAGAUUAUGUAGAUAGAGGAAGACAAAGUAUAGAGACUAUAUGCCUUCUCCUAGCUUACAAGAUCAAGUUCCCAGACAAUUUUUUCCUCCUCCGAGGGAAUCAUGAAUGUGCUUCUAUAAAUAGAAUAUAUGGAUUCUAUGAUGAGUGCAAGCGUCGUUUCAGUAUCCGUCUGUGGAAAACGUUUACUGAUUGCUUCAAUUGUUUACCAGUAGCUGCAGUGGUCGACGACAAAAUCCUCUGUAUGCAUGGUGGUCUCUCACCAGAAAUGGAGAGCUUGGAUCAGAUCAGAGCUAUAGAAAGGCCGGUUGAUGUGCCAGACCAGGGCCUUUUAUGUGACCUCCUAUGGGCUGAUCCUGAUAGAGACAUCAAAGGGUGGGGUGAGAAUGAUAGGGGUGUCUCCUAUACCUUUGGAGCUGAUAAAGUGGCUGAAGUUUUGAAGAAACAUGAUCUUGAUCUCAUAUGCCGAGCUCACCAGGUGGUUGAAGAUGGAUAUGAAUUCUUUGCAGACAGGCAGUUGGUAACCUUAUUCUCAGCACCAAAUUACUGUGGAGAGUUUAACAAUGCAGGUGCACUCAUGUGUGUCAAUGAAAGUCUGCUCUGCUCAUUUCAGAUUCUCAAGCCCUGGAAAGGAAAAGCAGGACAAUUAGAAUAGUUUCCAAGCGACAGAGAGGCACCUCUCAUUCACCACUCUUGCCUUUUUUGACAUGUACAAUAUUCAGCUUCCAAUUGAAAACAAGCCUUUAUAUCAUAGGUUAAUUCCUGAAAUUGAGAUAUUAUCAUGAAGAAAGCUGUGUGUAUAAUACCUUAUAAGUGCAACUGUUGGUUUGUACCUUUGAAACAAAUAGCUGAGUGCAUGCCUGCUUGUAGCUUUCUUGAUGAUAAA